AUGGUCCCCGGUCGCACCUCUGGCUUGCCCGAGUGGCUUGAUCUUAUCAAACAGGAGUUCGAGAGCCUGAGUCAUGAAGCAAUGGUUGCCAAGGCCCAGCGGGAUGAGUGCGAGCACAAGAUUAACAGCCAGAUUCAGGAAAUGGACGCCUUCAAGAGAACGCUCUACGACCUCGAAAGGAAGCACGAGUCGAUGAAGAACCAGUGCCACAUCUGGGAAGAGGAAGUUGCCAGGCUAAGACAGGAGGUCGAACAGCGUGGAGGAGCGGCGCAGCCCCCUCACCCACACCAGCAUGCCCAACCCCCUCCUCCCAACAUCGGACAAGGACACUCGAACCUUUUUGGCGGGAUUAUCAGUGGAGGCCCUGGAGGCCCUGGUUUGAUUGCGCCACCUCAGAUGGUCGACCCAUCGCAGCAGCCUCCCCACGGUCAACAACACCCUCCCCAGCAGCCCCCACAACAGCAAGGUGGUCCACAGCAACAGGGAGGUCCUCAGCACCAUAUGCAACAGGCUCAACAACAGCAGCAGCAUCACCCACAGCAUAUGCAGCAACAGCAUCCUUACGGCGGCCCUGGUGGCCCCAACAUGCCUCAGGGUGGCCCAGCUCCUCACUCGCCAUACAUGAAUGGAGGCAAUGGAAUGCCACCUCAGCAAGGUCAGCCCCAGCCAAAGCGUUUCAAGACUGAGAAUGAAGGACCCCGUUUUAAGACUGAGGGAGAUAUCCCACCUCCUGGCUACAAUAUGUCACCGACUCCUCACUCAAACGGACAGGGACCACCAGGAAUGGGCCCUUCGUACAAUGCGCCUGCACCACCCAACGCGAAGCCAACUACCAAGCCUGGCAAGGGUGGUCCUUACAUUCAGGCCAAAGAAGAAUCUCAGUCGUCACCUGUGUCGAACAAGCGCAAGCCUGGCCAAGGACCUUCGACUCCUACAGCAGUGGCUCGCACUGCCAGGACAGGCAACAAUCCUUCAUCAAACUGGAGCGAUGAUCCCGACAACGUGCCACCUCAAUUGAAGCGGGAGGGUGCAGACUGGUUUGCCAUCUCCAACCCCAAGGUUCCACAGAUACUGAAGGUGGAUCUUGUGCACACAAUGGAGCACUCGAGUGUUGUUUGCUGCGUUCGCUUCGAUGCGGAAGGAAAAUACCUUGCCACAGGAUGCAACAGGAGUGCCCAGAUCUACGACAUUCAUACUGGUCAGACUGUGUGUGUUCUUGCCGAUGAUGCAGCAGGAAAGGAUGAUCUCUACAUCCGAUCUGUCUGCUUCAGUCCCGACGGCAAAUACCUUGCUACUGGAGCCGAGGACAAGCAGAUUAGAAUCUGGGAGAUUGGUCGCAAGAAGAUUCGUAUGGUGUUGAAGGGACACGAGCAGGAUAUCUACUCAUUGGACUUUUCAAGGGACGGAAGGAUUAUUGUGUCUGGAUCAGGAGAUCAAACAGCUCGUGUUUGGGACACAGCCACUGGCAAGUGCCUGUUCGUUUUGACUGUCGGAGAUGUGGAUAUGAAGGAUGCUGGCGUGACUUCAGUGGCCAUCUCACCGGAUGGUCGUCUUGUCGCAGCAGGAUCGCUUGACCGGAUGGUUCGCGUUUGGGACACUCAGACGGGUCAACUUCUCGAGAAACUUGAGGGUCACAAGGAUUCUGUCUACAGUGUGGCAUUUGCGCCUGAUGGCAAGACACUUGUCUCUGGCAGUCUGGAUCGUACAUUGAGGUCAUGGGAGCUGGACCUCGGUGGCAGGCAUGGAUCUCGUGGAACCACCUGCAAAACAGUGUUCAACGGGCACAAGGACUUUGUUCUCUCGGUUGCAGUGUCCCCUGAUGGCAAGUGGGUUGUGUCUGGCUCGAAAGACCGUGGUGUCCAAUUCUGGGACCCUGUCACUGCCAACGUCCAGUUCAUGCUUCAAGGCCACAAGAACUCUGUUAUCUCGGUUGCUAUGAGCCCUGCUGGAACAUACUUUGCUACUGGAUCAGGCGAUACUCGUGCGCGUGUGUGGAGCUACGAGCCUACCCACCAGGACUAG